AUGAGGGCACAUGGCUGGGAUGAUUUAUUCAUGAGUGUGGUAUCAUUUUGUGAACAACAUGGUAUUGAUGUUCCUGAUAUAAGUGCUCAUUAUAUGAUGGGUACACGUCGUUCUUGUCAACAAAAAGAUUUUAUUACAAUUGAACAUUACUAUCACGUUGAUGUAUUUAAUGAUGUGAUAGAUUGCAUGUUGAGGGAGUUAAAUGACAGAUUUUCAGAGCAAACAGUUGAACUUCUUAUUCUUAGCUCAACAUUGGAUCCUCGUAAUUCCUUCAAAUCAUUCAAUAUUGGGCAUCUAUAUAAACUUGCUGAGAAAUUCUAUCCUGCUGACUUCAGUCCAAGUGACUUGAAAGCUUUAGAAAUUGAGUUGAGGUAUUUUCAAAAUGAUAUGCAUCGUCUUCCCUGCUUUAAGGACCUCACCACUCUUCCUCAGUUAUGUCAACAAUUGGUGGAAACAACUUUGGCAGAAAACUACAAUUUGCUUUACAAGUUGAUUCAGUUAGUGUUGACUCUUCCUGUUUCUACAGCAACAACGGAACGAGCUUUUUCAUGUAUGAGAAUUAUUAAUAAUAGACUUCGGAGCACCAUAACUGAUGAAUUCCUUGCUGAUUGCAUGAUUCUCCACAUUGAAAGAGAGUUUGUUAAUAAUAUCGAUAAUGAAGAGAUAAUUGAGGAAUUUAAGAUUUCUAAGCCACGUAGGGUAAAGUUUUAG